AGGUGAACGUGCACCGCGCGCACUCGCGCAUGAGUGAGAUCAUCGCGCGGGUCGUAUGCGCGCUCACAGACAGCCUGGGAUGCGGCGGUAGGGGUCACGUGGAAGCAUCUGUGAAAACUAGACUGUCAAAAUUCGGCGGCGAAGAAAACACCCAAUCCUUUACAAAAAUGCCCCGGAAGUGCCUCCGCCCUCAGUAAAGAUGGCGGUAGGCCCACAUAAGGGAGGCGGGGCUGCGCCUGCGCAACAAGUUCGGCGGGGAAGAUGGCGGAUGACAAGGAUUCUCUGCCCAAGCUUAAGGACCUGGCAUUUCUCAAGAACCAGCUGGAACGCCUGCAACAGCGAGUGGAAGACGAAGUCAGCAGUGGUGUGGGCCAGGAUGGCUCACUUUUGUCCUCCCCGUUCCUCAAAGGAUUCCUGGCUGGCUAUGUGGUGGCCAAACUGAGGGCAUCGGCAGUACUGGGCUUUGCAGUUGGCACCUUCACUGGCAUCUAUGCAGCUCAGGCAUAUGCUGUGCCCAACGUGGAGAAGACACUGAGGGACUACUUUCGGUCACUGCGCAAGGGGCCUGACUAGCUCUAGAUCCUAUGGGGGAAGCAGGAUGAACAGCUGGGGCCUACAGGUGGAGGCCUUUCGAACACAGACAUACUAUCUAGCUUC